AUGUCUGAUAAUUUUGUUGAGUUUUUUGUUGUUGCUGCUGCUGUUUAUCGUCGUCUUUUUUCCGUGUCAGCAUCACAGCUUGGCCAUCGGCCACGACGUUCGGUGAGCGUGGAUCCAUUUGCUCACGAUCUUCAGCGAACACCGUCAACAUCACUGAUGUCCAGUCGUUCACCAUUCGUUACUGGAAUGUCUUCCAGUUAUCAUCAUGAUGCCUCACCAUUCAAAAGCACAAUAACCAAUUCCAAUCGAUACGGUAGCAGUGAUUUGCUAAAUUCAUAUAAACCAUCGUCAUAUAGCAGUUCCUCGUAUACUCCAUAUCAUCACACUACCAGCACCUAUACACCGAAGCGAAGCACAAGUUAUGGAUCUGCGUAUUCACUAAACGAUAUUGGAAAGGGAAAAUCGUAUGGAACAUCAACAUUCGAUCGUCCGUCACCUUAUCGCCCAUCGUAUACAUCGCCGCGGACCACCUAUACUCCAACACCGUCAACUUUUCGGUCACAAACACCAAAUUAUGGCAGUGAACGAAAAAGCAGUUCACAAUUCAACAGAGAUUAUAAAUCUUUGUCGCGCUUUUCCGUCGACAAAGAAAAAUCACCUGAUGACGUCGAAAGUACGUUUAAAAAACUGUAUGAUCGAUAUGUCAACGAUAAAAGCGUUGAAAAAUCAAGUUCUGGUUCCAGCAACAAUUCAGCAUCCCCAAAAGUUUAUCGGAAAUUUAUUUCACACAGCGAAAAUGAAGAAGCUUCACUCGGCGACGAAGAGUUGAGUCCAGAAAGCAGCGAACAUGAUGAUUCGGUGAAUCAGGACAGUGUUGGUGCAAUUACACCAACACCAUUGGACACAAUAAGUCCAGACAGUGCUCAAGACAAAGAAACGAAUUUGGAUGCCACUCCAACAACGCCAAAAGUUGGUGACUUCUUUCAACCGUCAAAAUACUCCUUUGAAACCGAAGACAUUAAGCCGGUUGAAGUACAACAAUCUUCCGAAAACACAACGACUGAGAAAACGGAAAAAGUAUCAGAGUCAAUCCCAACUACCACAACAGCUUCUCUUUCUCAGUCAAGCUCACCGCUGAAAACCGGUAAAGCAAAUAAUGAGAUCUCAGAAGUAAGCGAUACUUCCGAAGAAGAUUUAAGUGACAAGAAGGAAAGUGAAGAAUCUGACAGUGAUAAAAAACCAGUUCAAAAAAACACGUUAAGUGCAAGUUUCACUGUCAAUUUACCACCAAAAGGUGAUAGUGGUAAGUUUGGUGCAAGAGCUAUGUCAACAGAUACGCUUAACAAGUUGAACGAUCUUGGUAAUUCAGCAAAAGAUGCUAAGUUUAUCGGCUAUAUAAACCGUUUGAAAGCUGUCGGCAAUUGA